AUGGGUUCGAUUCCUGUUGAGAGUGCUAGUGAGCUUCUUGAAGCUCAAGCUCUAGUGUGGAAUUAUUCAUUGAACUAUGUAAAUUGCAUGUCUCUGAAAUGCGCCAUUCAACUGGGCAUUCCAGAUAUCAUCCACAAACAUGGCCAACCCAUGACUCUUUCCCAAAUCGUUUCCGCACUUGGCGUGAACCCAAAUAAAGCCCACGGCAUUCACCGUCUUAUGCGUGUCUUAGUUCUUGCCGGCUUCUUUUCUCAACGAAAAGUCGGCAAAAUUGAUCACCAAGAAGACAAGUAUUUUCUCACACCCUCUUCUCGACUCCUCCUUAAGGAUGCACCCUUCAGGGCUGCACCAUUUGUGUUUCUCAUUCUUGAUCCACUCAUAGUUAGUCCCUUCCAUUCCUUGAGCGCUUGGUUCAAGAAUGAUGAUUCCACACCAUUUGAAACAACUAAUGGGAAAAACUUUUGGGGUUGUGUGGCUGAUGAACCUAAAUUUAAAAACACUUUUUAUCAUGCCAUGGUCAGUGACUCUCAGCUGGUAGCGAGAGUUUUGAUUGAAGACCAUAGAGAGGUGUUUAAGGGGUUGAAGUCUCUGGUUGAUGUGGGUGGUGGCACUGGAACUAUGGCCGAAAUCAUAGCCAAUGCUUUUCCAGAGAUUCAAUGCACUGUUUUUGAUCUCCCACAUGUUGUUGAUAAUUUGCAGGGGACUAAGAACUUGAAUUUUCUUGGAGGAGACAUGUUUAAGGCAAUACCUUCGGCUGAUGCAGUCUUACUCAAGUGGAUUUUGCAUGACUGGGGUGAUGAAGAGAGCUUGAAGAUAUUAGAAAGGUGUAGAGAAGCAAUUCCAAGCAAAGAAAAGGGAGGGAAGGUGAUAAUAAUAGACCUGGCCAUCGGAAUGGAAGAUCAAAGUGAGCAGUCAACGGAGACACAACUAUGCUUCGACAUGUUAAUGAUGUCUCUGUUCAACACCGGCAAAGAACGGAGUGUCGAAGAGUGGAAGAAGCUCUUCUUAGAAGCUGGUUUCACUCACUAUAAGAUAACUCCUAUACUAGGUCUAAGGUCUCUCAUUGAGCUUUACCCUUGAUUUAUUUUCUGCUAGUAUUUGUGUGUAAUAAGUUC